ACACCUCAAUCAUCAUUCUUCCUCUACUUUAUAUUUAAUUUUUUAGCAAUUUGUAAUACUACUUAAUAAAUGUCUUCACAAAAGAGGGGUUCUGAUUGGAGUUACAAUGAAGAUGUAUUCUUGUGUAACUCUUGGGUGUCUAUUUCUGAAGAUGGUGCAGUCGGAAUCAAUCAAGCGGGCGAUUCAUUCUGGUCCCGAGUUCACAUUGUUGGAGUAAAUAUUUGCAUUUGGACGGAAAUAGCCUCCGAUGCUGUAACAUUGCGCAGACGUUGCCAUCUUCUGCAAUUCAUCGCAAACAUCUCUUCCUCCCAUGGAUCUGAGCUCGUCAUCGACUCUGGCCUCCCAUCGCAUAGGCAGCCAGAAAGCAGAGAAUCAGGAACAAUUGAACAAGGCUACAAGAAGAAGAUGAAGAUCAGAAGAAUUAGAAGAAGAAAAAGAAGAAGAGGAGGAAGAAAAGAAAGAAGAGUACCUGGGAGAGAAAAGAGCAGAUGACGCCGAUGAAGUCGGUGAUGAUGGAGAUCGAAGUUGCGAUCGGCCAAAGGGAAAGUGGCAGGGGAGAAGUCUGGCGGUUGAUGGAGAGUCGAUCGAUUAUUUUUAGAAGAAGGGUAAUAAGGUAAUCUGGAGUCCUAUUUGUGAAAUAUAAAACUUGUAGUCCUACUUUGGAGUUUUAACCAUGUUUUAGUCCUAUUUAGGAUAAAAACUUUUUUUAUUAAACCAGUGGCCAAAGGCUCAUGGUCAUUGCGGGUGAGUCUUGAACGAUUAUCUGCGUACGUUGGCAGCAACAAUUAAUGGCAGCAGCAGCAUCCUAUUUAGAGUUAUUUUUGUC